CCUGCCGCCUUACUCACUCCAAGUAGAUGCUCAUUUAAUAACUAACAUUUUCUUAUCCAAAACUACGCGCGUUGUUGCACAUUAAACUUCCUCCACUCCUUGCUCUUCGUCAUCACAACCAUUGAUUACGUCAUAAGACACUUAAUCAACGGUCGCUAACGUUUCUAACCCGUCCUCACGAGACCAGCAUAGGACCGUAACUUCCUCUGCCGCUUCUUUUCCCUCCAUAUACAAGCGCUACGCUUCUUCUUCAGCAACCGCAAUUACAGAAUUCGAGGAUAGUCGGUUACAGACGAGUUUCUGGAUAACGCGAUUCUUCUAACGAGAGAUGAGGCUUUUUGCAUUGAGUUCUGCGGUUCGGCGAGCUAUUUUCAAUGGCCGGAAUUGUAACCGCCACGGUUCGGCGGUGGUGAGGCCAUUUGUGGCGGCGGAAAUGCGGCACCUCUGUGCCGCCGGCGGCAACGCAACUUUCUUCUACUGGAAGAGGAUGAUGGCUUCCCCGGCGGAGGCGAAGUGGACGGAGAAAGAGAAGGAGAAGGAGAAGGAGGAGAGUUCGCCAACGGAGGCCGGGAAGAGCGUGGUGGAGUCGAGUUAUUGGGGGAUUUCGAGGCCCAAGAUUAUGAGAGCGGACGGAACAGAGUGGCCUUGGAACUGCUUCAUGCCGUGGGAGACUUAUCGUUCGAACUUGUCCAUAGAUCUUACUAAGCAUCAUGUGCCAAAGAAUUUUCUGGAUAGAGUUGCUUACAGAACAGUGAAGCUCCUCAGAAUUCCAACGGAUAUGUUUUUUAAGAGAAGGUAUGGUUGCCGCGCAAUGAUGCUUGAAACAGUUGCAGCUGUCCCUGGAAUGGUAGGAGGGAUGUUGUUGCACCUGAGGUCGCUCCGUAAGUUUCAGCAUAGUGGUGGUUGGAUCAAAGCAUUGCUCGAGGAAGCAGAGAAUGAGAGAAUGCACCUAAUGACUAUGGUGGAACUAGUGAAACCUAAAUGGUAUGAAAGACUGUUGGUUCUUGCUGUACAGGGAGUUUUCUUCAAUGCAUUCUUUGUACUUUACAUACUCUCCCCAAAGCUGGCUCAUAGAAUUGUUGGGUAUCUUGAGGAGGAGGCUAUACAUUCUUACACUGAGUAUUUGAAGGAUCUAGAUAGUGGUGCAACUGAAAAUGUCCCUGCUCCUGCCAUUGCAAUAGACUAUUGGAGGCUUCCCAAGGAUGCCAAAUUGAAAGAUGUUAUAACUGUCAUUCGUGCUGAUGAGGCGCACCAUCGAGAUGUGAACCAUUUUGCUUCUGAUAUCCAUUUUCAAGGUAAAGAACUGCGGGAAGCACCUGCACCUCUUGGUUAUCACUAGGUCUUUACUAUCACGAAUAUAAAAUUACUGUGUGCAUUUAAAAACUAGCAAUACGAAUGUAUUGAUACAUAAUUCCUAUACUUCAAUUCAAUCAUACUGUUGGAUAUAGCAGUUAUGCCAACAUCAUCUUAGAACCAUGUUUGAUAUGAUACUAUUACAAUUUAGUCAAGUACUUCUUCCAAAACUGGAAUGUUAAAGAGGACAUUGACAGAAAUGAUGGAUGGCUAUGCAUUAUUAUAUUUGAUAAUCUGACAAGUAUGCAAUGGAAACAGUGAUGCAGGGAAAUUAAUGAAUGAUAAGAUGUAGUUUGAAGUUGAGAAGUAAAACUCUGAAGCUAGCAUUAACAUGCAACUUGAAGACUCAUUUCACUAUUACUUCCUUCUUGUGUGUAGACCUAUCUCUUAUCUUUCCCACGGGCUUUAUCUUUUCGCAAGUUAAAGUAGGAUUUACAUGCUUUUAAUAUUAGGUUUGGUUCAUCAUCAGAGGUAAUGAGGGGAGUAUACUUCUAAAGCAGAUGAAGUGUUGUAUGUGGGGCUUCAGGUAUAGUAUAAUCAAGUUGCAAAAUAUAUUAGAUAUGAAAGUGUGGCCUACAAUUUUCACCGCUACAUUCGUCCAAUUUUUUAUUUCUUCAUUGACAUUGAGGGUAGGGACGAAACUUGUAUCAUUAAGAAAUUUCUUUGGGGGUUUUUACGUGUGUAAAAAAGGAUUUGGAUCUUCCUUUCUCUUUUUUAAAAAUGAUAGUAUCAUGCAUGACAAGACAAAGAAACUUCUAGG